AUGCACACCAAAGGAAACUCCUGCUGCUGCUCCUUUGAGGACUGCAAACUGACGACUGAGUGGCUACUGAACCACACGAGUCACCGUCCGAAGGUCGCAGUGAUCUGUGGUUCAGGACUCGGGCUGCUGGCUGACGGAGCCGCCAACAAACAGACCUUCAGGUACCAGGACAUCCCCAACUUCCCCAUCAGCACAGUUGCGGGUCAUGAAGGCUGCCUGGUCUUUGGGACGAUUGAGGACACUUCCUGUGUCUUCAUGCAGGGUCACUUCCACCUGUACGAAGGUUACUCCCUCUGUCAGGUGACUUUCCCUGUGAGGAUCUUUAAACUGAUGGGUGUCGAGUCUGUGCUGGUGACAAAUGCAUCUGGAGGAAUCUGUCCAGACUUUAAAGUCGGUGACAUCAUGAUCAUCAAAGACCACAUCAACCUGCCAGGAUUUGCUGGACAACACCCACUGUGUGGACCCAAUGACGAGCGUUUUGGGAUCAGGUUUCCCUGCAUGUCUGAUGCAUACAGUAAGGUUCUGAGGCGGCUGGCCUUGGACGUGGGCUCUGAGCUCGGCUGCAGCGAUUUCAUCAGAGAGGGAGUUUACUGUAUGGUGAGCGGACCAAACUUUGAAACCAUCGCUGAGGCCAGAAUGCUGCUGAUCCUGGGCUGUGACUCUGUGGGUAUGAGUACUGUUCCUGAAGUGACGGUGGCGAAGCACUGCGGACUCAGAGUUCUUGGUCUGUCCCUCAUCACCAACAAGGUAUCUCUGGAUUACAGUCGGGAGGAGAAGGUGAACCAUGAGGAAGUUCUUCAGACCAGUAAGAUGCGGGCUGAGGUUCUCCAGAAACUUGUGACCACUCUGAUCUCUCGCUGCCAGCAGCAGAGCAUCAACACACACUGA